AUCCAAAAAAAACACAACAAAAUAGAUGAGCCUCAACCACUAGUCACUUUAUAUCUAUAAGCUAAUACAACAUUUAUUUUUUAAAAUUAAGGGUUUAAUUAAAAUAUAAUUUUAUAUGUGAAUACGAUUGUCAUACGCGGAAACGUACGAGUGUAUGUAUGACCAUGACACCAAUUUGAAAAAAAGAAAAAAUGGCCUAAAAAAAGCACAUGGUUUACUAUCAAGAAAAUCAAUUAUCUGGCAAUUCAUUUAGCUGUCAUUCUAGCAAUGACAGGCAACACACAAACAAAUAUGCUUUGCUUGCUUUGGCUUCUGCCUUUAUAUAAGCAAAAGCUCACCUCACCCAAAAGCAAAAGCCAAAACCAAAACGAAAACCAAACCCAAAAGCCACAACAACAAAAGCAAAGUGUGUGCAAAAAGAAGUUCACUCAUUUCUCUCCAACUUCAGCCUUUCAUCUCUCUCUACUCAAAACACCAAAAGUUGAAAACCAAACCAAACAGAACCCAAAAACAAUGGAAGAAAAGGAAGACAUGCUUCCACCAUUCUGGCUCCAACCCUCCGAUUCUUUCCGGCAAGCCAACCGCCGCCUCCGCCGCUCCUCCUCCUCUGUUUUCUUCAGCUCCGGCGCCUUUAUCCUGGCCUUGCUAGCCAUAGCUCUUGUAUUUAUUUUCUUUAUAAUCCCAUCAGUUUUGUCUUUCACUUCACAAAUUUUUAGACCCCAUUCGGUCAAAAAAAGCUGGGACUCUCUCAAUUUGGUCCUCGUUCUCUUUGCAAUUGUCUGUGGGUUUCUCAGCAGAAAUACCAACAAUGACGGCAACCUCAGCAGCCCCAGUUCUUAUGAUCAAGUUCAUAAUCAAACUGUUUUCAAUUCUUCUUCACCACAAGCUCCCAAGUCAAAUCCAUCAACCCCGCGUCAGUGGUUCGAUCAGUAUUCAGAUCGGACGGGCUACAAUCAGAGCAGUAGCAGCACCAGUGCUGCCAUGAACAGAGGAGUGAGGACCAGCAGUUCGUACCCGGAUCUGCGGCAACAGGAAGCUUCGUGGGUCGCCAGAGAUGAUCGGUGGCGGUUUUACGACGAUACCCAUGUGGUCAAUUAUCGGGUUUCGGGUUCGGAUCCGCUCCAUCAUCGUCGUCAUCGGUCAUGGCAUGAAGAAUCCGUACAACUACCAGUAGAAGAAGAAGCAGAACAAGUCCAAACCAAGACUAUAGAAGUUGACACUUUUGCAAUCCGUACGGAACAAGUUAAUUCACCACACACACAAAUUCCAACUGCUCAAUCUGAUCCGCCACUGCAGCCGUCGCCGCCGCGGAGGUCACCAUCUUCGUCACAACCACCGCCGCCAACGAUCCGCAAGUCCAAGAGAACAUACCAAGCUAUUGGAGAGAAAGAAAACUCGGGUUCUACUCAAAGCCUUGAGAGAAAUGACAAUUUCGAAGCUAAGAAAAAUCUCCCGCCUCCGCCUGCCCGACCGCCGCCCUCACCGCCGUCGCCGCCACCGCGGAUAUCGAAAUCGGCUGGGAAAGAUGUGAAGAAGAGAGGGGUGGCUACUACAAAAGAAUUCUUGAUCACGUCAUUGAGGAGGAAGAAGAAGAAGCAAAGACAAAAGAGUGUUGAAAAUUUCGAGAGUCUCCUCGCGUCUGCUUCUUCAGCUCCUUACUCUUUACUUCCGCCGCCGUCACCGCCGCCUCCGCCUCCACCCCUGCCGCCGCCACCUUCGGUCUUUCACAACUUGUUUUCCACAAAGAAAUCCAACAAACCCAGGAAGACAAUGCAGUCAAUUCCACAACCGCCGCCGCCGCCUCCAGUGGCGGCAACCACUUCAACGGCACAGUUAUCGAAAACCAAGGCCCAAAUGAGGCCCAUGAUGACGACCCAAAAGCCGCCAUUGCCGGUUAAGAUGAGCACCUUCAUCAACGGAGAUGAUGAGAAUACUAACAGUGGCGGCGAGUCGCCAUUGGCUCGGAUACCGCCACCGCCGCCAUUGCCGCCGUUUAGAAUGCCGGAGAUGAAAUUUGUGGUGCACGGAGACUUUGUGAGAAUCAAAAGCAACAACAGCUCACGCAGUGGCUCCCCUGAUUUGGACGAUGGGGAUGAUCCGGAUUCAGCAGUUUCAUCACCAACCACGGAAACUAACAGAACGCCAUUGGAGAGUGGAGAGUCACCAAAAGCCAUGUUCUGCCCCAGCCCAGAUGUUAACACCAAAGCUGAUACUUUCAUUGCAAGGUUCAGAGCUGGAUUGAGGUUGGAGAAGAUGAACUCUGUGAGGGGGAGGUCCAAUCUUGGCCCAGAUACAAGAGAAGGAGAAGGCCCAAGUUACUAAAUAUGUUAUUUUUUUCCUAAUUAAUUUUUAUUUAUUUAUUUUAAUUUUAUAUGGGUAUGGAUAUUGAGGUUGAGGAAGGUAGAUAGAUAAUUUGUGGAUUUGAGUUGUUUUCUGACAUAUACAUUGGAGAAUAGAGAGGUACAUUUACAUAGGAAUUUUUAAUGUAUGUUAUAAUGUUUGGUGGUUAGUACAAUUCUUUUAUUUUAUUUAGUUUUCUAAAAUUCUUAUGGUCAAUGCAUUUUGCAUUUAAUGAGGGUCUGUGUUGAGUGUUGGAAUUGGGGAUUUCAUGAUUGUCAUAAUUUGUAUGGGAAUGGAAUUCAAGAUUUGGUACCAAUUUUUAUUUGUUUA